AUGGUUUCUUCAAUUUCUUUUUGGGUCUUUUUUACUUUCGAUGUUAAAAGAAGAAGUAGAAUUAGAGUGUGGCUUUCUGUUAACAAGCCUGACAUUAUUGUGUUUCAAGAGUCUUUGCUUCCUAGUUGUAAUGAUGCUAUUGUUAGAAGUAUUUGGGGUCCUGGUUGUAUGGAUUGGCGAGCAUUAGAUUCUAUUGUCAGGUCUGGUGGGAUCCUUAUCAUUUGGAAUCCUAAUAAGUUAAUGUUGGAGAACUAUAUCAUCGGCUCUUACACUGUCAAUAUCCAAUUCAAGAAUUGUUUCGAUAAUUUUGUUUGGUUGUUGUCUGGUGCUUAUGGUCCUUGUUCUGCCGUUGAAAGAAGAGUCAUGUGGCGUGAAUUAAAGCUUAUGUAUAACAUAUGGGAGCUUCCUUGGUGCCUAUGUGGGGAUUUCAAUGAAGUUAGAUACAUGAGAGAAAGGAUGGGAUGCAAUAUUGUUUCUAGAGGUAUGAAAGAUUUCAACAAAUUCUGCGGCUUUUUGGAGUUGAUAGAUCUGCCAAUGACAGGUGGUAAAUAUACUUGGAGCACUACAUCUAACAACUCUGCUAAAAGUCUUAUAGACAGAUUUAUUAUUAACGCCGCUUGGGGUAGUCAAUUCCCUACUAUUUCUGUGUCUGCUCUUGCUAAACCCUUUUCAGAUCACAAGCCUGUUUGCUUGACUUGCAAUUUUGAAGACUGGGGUCCUCCUUCCUUUAGGUGUGAGGCUAUGUGGUUUUUGGAUCCUUCUUUUCUUCCUCUGCUAGAGGAGUGGUGGAAUUCCUUUUCUCUUAAUGGUUCUCCUGGUUUUGUUCUGGCCAAAAAACUUCAAGCUCUAAAGGCCAAAAUCAAAAUUUGGAAUAAGGAGGUGUUCGGAAAUAUCGAGAGAAAGUGUGAGAAGACCUUACUGGAAAUUUCUUCCUUGGAUCAGCUGGGAGAUGAUGAUGUUUUAUCCACAUCCCAAGUUCUUGAUAGAAAGUCCAAAAAGUUUGAGUUUGAAAAGCUUGCUGAUAUGAAGCAUCUUCAUUGGUUGGGUAAGUCUAGGAUGAACUGGCACCUUGAUGGUGGUAGAAACACAAAGUUUUUUCAUCGUAUUACUAAAAUGAGAAGAAGAAGGAAUACUUUCGCUAAACUGAAAGUUAACAAUGUGUGGAUUGAAGACAAACAAAUUAUCAAGGACAGUAUAGUUAGCCAUUUCCAAGAAAGAUUUAAGUGUGACGAAGACUAUAGCAUGGACCUUAGUGGUAUGCAACUGAAUAGUAUAUCCGAGGAAGACAAAAUUUGGCUGGAAAAAGAAUUCACUGAAAUUGAAGUAUUAUCAGCUCUUAAGAAGUUGGGACAAGAUAGAGCCCCCGGCCCCGAUGGGUUUCAAGCAAUUUCUAAAUUGUUGGCUGAGAGGCUGAAGACUUUGCUUCAUAAGCUGGUUUCUUCUCAUCAAUCUGCCUUUGUCAAAGGUAGACAAAUUCUGGAUAGUGUCUUAAUUGCUAAUGAAUGCUUAGAUUCAAGGAUUAACUCUAAGAUUCCUGGUUUAGUUUGCAAAAUUGACCUUGAAAAGGCCUUUGACAAUGUUAAAUGGUCCUUUGUUGAUGAAGUUCUAAAGAGAAUGGGUUUUGGGGAGGUAUGGAGAAAGUGGAUAGCUGGUUGUAUCAAGCAAGUUCCAUUCUCUGUUCUUGUUAAUGGCAGUUGUUGUGGCAAAUUUUCAAGCCAAAAAGGUCUUCGGCAAGGUGAUCUGUUGUCCCCAUUCAUCUUUCUUUUGGUCUCCGAGGUUCUUACGUCGAUGUUUACGAAGGCUGCUGAGGUAGGGUGGAUUGGUGGCUUUCAAGUUCGUUCUAAUGGUACUAGAGUUAGUCAUCUACAAUUUGCAGAUGACACUCUAGUUUUUCUUGAUGCGGAUAUUUCUCAAGUUAGGAUGCUUAAGUACAAUUUACUUCUAUUUGAAUAUGCUUCUGGCCUGAAAACCAACUUUGGUAAAAGCAAUAUUUUUGCGGUGGGUAAUGUUGAGAAUAUAGAGAUGCUUGCUUCUGUAUUUGGUUGUGCAAUUGCAGCUUUUCCAGCCAUCUACUUAGGUCUGCCCCUGGGAGAUAAAGCCUUGUCCUGCAACAAAUGGGAGAGAGUGGUGGAAAUGUGCUACAAUAGACUUGCAAUAUGGAAGAGUAGGUAUCUUAGUAAAGCAGGAUCUCGAUUGGGAAGCACAAAUCUAUUAGCUUACAAGGCUACCAAUGCUGGCUUCAGUUGGGAUUUAGGCUUAACACAUGGAAGAUUUAAUGAUGCAGAGAUAAAUGAGCUUUCAAUUAUUUUCAGAAAACUCGACUCAAUUGUGUUUCACCCGAUCCCGGAUGAAGAUGACUCUAUGGUUUGGCUUGGGGAUAAUUCUGGUUCCUUCACUGUCAAUUCGGCGUAUCAAGUUGUUGUUCAAGAUCCUACUUCUCCGUACUUCCCUCAUAAGCUCAUUUGGUCUAGAGCUUGGCCUCACAAGGUAGCUUUUUUCUUAUGGCAGUGUGUUUUAAAUAGGCUCCCUAUAACUGAUAAUCUGCAGGAAAGGAACGUCUCUACAAGUGGCAAUGUUAUAGUUAAUUUAUGA